UACAUCUUAAAGUGUCAUUAAGAUAAACAGUUUUGCUGGCCCAUGCCAAAAAUACAGUUGUAUGCUUCAUCUCGGAUUUAUAAUUGUCGAUCAAUGUAAUAAUAACGGCAAAGUUUUUUUUUCAGUAAUGCGUGGAAAGUUUGUAAAAAUCAACCUCAUGAUUUAAAGUUUUUGUCAAAUUAUGACAAAUCAAAUGCAUGUAUACUAGCACCAUCGUUACAUUAUCCUCUUUAAGACAUGUCAUUUUUCCUUACGAUACACUCUGAGUGAACAGCGACUGAACCAUUUCCAGUUUGCCUUCGUGCAUGUGUUACAUUUAUAAACAUAGUUACAUAACACUGUUCAUACUGUGCACAAUUGUGCCCGCAGAGUUGUGUCUUUCUCAACUUUACAUGGAUAUUGUACGUUUGAUGUAGAAUUUAACAAAGCUUAUCUGUAUUUUAUUUGAAACAAGAAACAUGCAGAGAGUCAAAUAAAUCACCUAUUGUUAAGAAAUGCCUUUAACCUAUAAACGAAAAAAGACUAUUAUUAUAAAGGUGUCACUUUAAGAUUAUACUAAUAUUGACAGCAAAAGAUUACAGGAAAACAGUGAAAAAUUGUUCUUCAAGUUAUUUUGCAGGUAAGAUACCAAUUGUAUAAUAAAAUUUUUAAAAAAACGAUGCCUAUAGCUUAAAUCAAAAUUGACUUUGCAAAAUAGGGUCUGGUUUAACCGGAUAUCUUUGGCCAAAAUUAAAUCUACUGAUGUAAUGUCAUGGGUUGUAUUACGUACAUCUUUAUGCUAGAGAUAACCAGGUUUAAAAAUGGUAUCGAACGAUUAUAUUUAACAUUUGACUCUUUUUGAGAUAUGAUCAACAGGUUACUAGGAUCUAUUUAUAAGGUUAAAUAAAAUGUUUCCUCCCAAUUAUCUUGUACGGUUUUAUAUAAAAAAGAAAUAAUAAACUGAGGAAACACGAACAUAUCGAACAAUUUAACAAAUAUUAAUUUACGUAUAUAAUCAUAUUUUUAAGGUACCCUGAAUGACCUUAAUUCAGAAACGUGAGUACAUAUAACAAACGAGAAACAUUUGACCAAACUCUUUAACAUAUUCAAAAAUGUCGAACGUCACACAAAAUGGUGAGCAAUUGAACAACAAGACAUUGGAAGAACUCAACAAUUUAGAAGUGCAUCAACGAAUGCCCACUAUUGUUUUCCUUUUCAUACUCAUUCCCUUUGGUGUCGUUGGAAAUAUCGUCACAAUUCUUGUAUACGGCCUCAAGUAUCGUCCUUCCACCUUCAGAGUUUACAUCCUUACACUAGCUGUCGUAGAUCUUUUGUCUUGCUGUAUUGGCAUGCCAGUGGAAUUGGCAGACAACCUAAUUCCUCUAGUGUUCUAUGACGAAAAACUAUGCAAAGUCGGAAAGUUUUCAGGACAAAUUCUUAAAAUAGCACGCAGUAUGUCUGUACCGUAUAACACAACAACUACCGCCAUCUUUGAAACCUUAGAAGAACUCAACGAUACAAAAGCACGUCAGCGAAUGCCCACCAUUGUUUUCUUGUGCAUACUUAUCGCGUUUGGUGUCAUCGGAAAUAUUGUCGUGCUCGUUGUCUACGGCCUUAGGUACCGUCCAUCUACCUUCAGAUCUUACAUCUUGACCCUGGCAGUCAUAGAUCUAUUGUCUUGCUUAAUAGCCAUGCCAGUUGAACUUGUAGAUAAUCUUUAUCCACUUCAGUUCUUUAGUGAGGAAGUGUGUAAAGGAGGACGAUUCUUGGGACAUGUUUUCAAAAUUGGAUCUGCAUUAAUCAUCUUAGUAAUGGCAGUUGGUCGGUUUCGUAAAAUCUGUCGGCCUUUCAGCAAACAAAUUUCAAUAAACCAGGCUCAUUUUUUGUGUGCAUUAGCAAUGGGUCUUGCAAUUUUAUUUGCCUGGCCAAAUGCAAUAGUUCAAGGCAUGCGUAUACACUACUUCGAUGGUGGCGUCAUCGGGUAUGACUGUUCCGUGGAUGAUGACGUUUCAAAGACAAUUUAUCCAUUUAUUUAUGCAAUCGUUCUUUUCACUGUUUAUAUUUCUGUGUUCAGCAGUCUGGUUACAUUGUAUACACUCAUCAUUUUAAGAAUUCGUAGUCAUAAUAACGCGGAGCAGAAGCUAAAGAGAAUGAAAAUCAACCCUCGGGUUACAAAAGUUAUGAUAGCCAUUACGGUUGCCUUCAUAGUUUCAUACAUUCCAGACUGUAUCAUGGAUGCAAAUUACACAUUCAACCAAGGAAACACGCUGCCCUCCACGCCUCUCGUACUUGCACUAUUACCUUUAUUGGCCAGAGCUUACUUUAUCAACAAUGUAAUAAAUCCUUUAAUUUAUGUCAUAGGCGAAACAAAGUUUAGAAAAAUCGUAAAGCUAUCGAUGAUCUGGGUCCUUCGUUCUUUACAGCGCCGAAAUACUGGUGAUGUAUUUGCAGCGUCUUUCAGUGCAUCCGACACUCUCCGAACUGAAAGAAUGGCCACGUACCAUAAGACAAGUUCAAGCAAUAAAUCACAGCCAUCUGGAAACCACAGUGGUCAGGUCCGGCAAGAAAUUUCGCAAACAAACACUUAAACUGACAACACUAGCUAUGAAAAUGUCCACUGCUUUAUGUAUUCAAACAUCAUUAUGUAUGAUAGUAUUUAUGAAAAUAUAAAUGAUAUGUUGUUGUCUCACUGCCAUUCCAAUAAAGGAAAUCAUAAAGACAUAAAGUGAUACAACAUAUGAUGCAAUUUCCUUAUUCUAACUUAUACAAACUCUAAUGACCUAUGAGCUUAAUUGGAUUCUUGCAUUUAUUAGGAUUUUUUAAAUUUAAAUUCAAAUUGAAAUGAUCAGUUAUCAAGACAUUUUUUAUUUAAAUCAUUUUGAUUUGAUGUAGAAUAGAGUUUCUGACAAACAAGGGAUGGUAUAUAUGAACAAAUAUUUUACAAUACGCAAUUGAUGAAACGAAUCCAGAAAGGUAUACCCC